AGUGGUGUUUGAGAGGAAUUGCUAUUUGCAAAGUUGUAUUUGGAGCUUAAAACCCUAAACCCAGAAAUCCCCAACUCUUAAACUUGAGAAGAUGAUGGCUGAUGACACUGAACUCGUCAGUAACACUGACCAGAAGAUGGAAGACGCUUCAGCCGAAAACCCUGCCCGAGCUGAUCCCCCCUCAUCGGAUGAUUCCGGCGAUUCUGAUUCCGACUCAGAAGAUGAAGCCGAGUCGAAUCAGCAGAUUGUAACCUUGGAGUCGGAGCUCUCCGCUAAUCCUUACAACUACGAUGCUUAUGUCCAAUACAUUAAGCUUCUCAGGAAAACAGCCAACCUUGAAAAGCUAAGACAAGCAAGGGAAGCUAUGAGUGCCAUAUUUCCGUUGAGUCCUUCCUUGUGGCUUGAAUGGGCAAGGGAUGAAGCGUCUUUAGCCGCUAGUGAGAAUGUGCCUGAAAUUGUGAUGCUUUAUGAACGGGGACUUUCUGAUUAUCAGUCUGUAUCUCUUUGGUGUGACUACCUGAGCUUUAUGCUAGAAUUUGAUCCAUCAGUGCGUGGAUACCCAUCUGAAGGUAUUUCCAAAAUGCGGAGUCUUUUUGAACGUGCUAUUCCGGCUGCGGGCUUCCAUGUUACUGAAGGCAAUAGAAUAUGGGAAGGAUAUAGAGAAUUUGAGCAAGGUGUCUUAGCCACUAUCGACGAGGCUGACAUUGAGGAGAGAAAUAAGCAGAUACAAAGGAUCAGAAGCAUAUUCCACCGUCACCUGUCUGUUCCUCUAGAAAACUUGAGCUCCACCCUUAUUGCUUACAAGACUUGGGAGUUGGAACAGGGCAUUGACCUUGAUAUUGGAUCUGAUGAUUUGAGUAAGGUUUCUCAUCAGGUUGCUGUUGCAAACAAGAAGGCACAGCAGAUGUAUAGUGAACGUGCCCAUCUUGAAGAAAACAUAUCUAAGCAAGAUUUAUCUGACACGGAAAAGUUUCAGGAAUUCAUGAAUUAUAUAAAGUUUGAGAAGACUUCUGGAGAUCCUACCCGAGUUCAAGCUAUAUAUGAACGUGCUGUGGCUGAAUACCCGGUUUCAAGUGACUUGUGGAUAGACUACACCGUGUAUCUUGAUAAAACUUUGAAGGUUGGAAAAGCUAUAACGCAUGCCUAUUCUAGGGCGACUAGAAGUUGUCCAUGGACUGGAGAUCUUUGGGCACGUUAUUUACUUGCUUUAGAGCGUGGUUCUGCAUCCGAGAAAGAGAUUUAUGAUGUCUUUGAGAAGUCAUUGCAGUGCACAUUUUCCUCCUUUGAAGAGUACCUGGAUUUAUACCUCACUCGAGUAGAUGGCCUGAGAAGGAGAAUGUUAUCAACUAGGAUGCUAGAGGCUUUGGACUAUUCUCUGAUAAGAGAAACUUUUCAGCAAGCAUCAGAUUACCUAACGCCUCACAUGCAAAAUACAGACAGUUUGCUACAUUUGCAUACUUAUUGGGCUAACUUGGAACUUAAUAUUGGAAAAGAUCUAGCUGGCGCACGAGGUGUUUGGGAUAGCUUUCUGAAGAAGAGUGGUGGGAUGCUAGCAGCCUGGCAUGCAUACAUUGAUAUGGAAGUGCAUUUGGGGCAUAUAAAGGAAGCUAGGUCUAUUUACCGGAGGUGCUAUACAAGAAAGUUUGAUGGAACUGGCUCAGAAGACAUAUGCAAAGGAUGGUUGCGCUUUGAGAGGGAGCAUGGGGAUUUGGAACAUUUUGACCUAGCAGUUCAAAAGGUUAUGCCACGCUUGGAAGAGCUACAAUUGAUGAGGUUACAACAAGAGUCUACACCAGUCAAACCGUCAGCUGGUCUGAAAGAGCAUAGCUCACAAAAGAGAAAAGCAGAACAGAAUGUAGAAGAAGAGUCUUUGGCUAAGCGGCAGAAGAGGAAAAGUCAAAAAGAAGUGGACCUAGGUGGUCAGAGUGCAACUGUACCAGCAACAAAAAACGUUAAAGCAGAGAAUGGAAAAACAGCUGAUUCAGAUAAAGAAGAGACAGAAGAUGCCAAACCACUGAAGCCGAAAGUUUAUAGAGACGAGUGUACAGCUUUUAUUUCGAAUCUCAGUGUCAAGGCACAAGAGGAAGAUAUACGUAAAUUCUUUGGUGAUGAUGGUGGGGUUGAUUCCAUUCGCAUUCUCCAUCACAAAGACACUGGAAAACCAAGGGUCUCUCUCUUACACACACCUUCUGCAUGUGAUGUCAUCUUCUGCUGUCACUGUUAAUGAAUCUGGGAAUUUCCCUGUUUCCAUGUGAUCAUGUUUAGAUGAAGUCAUGUUGAGACUUAAAAAUUGCAGCCAUCAGAUAACUUCUGUUCAAUUAUACUCUCUAUAGGGGUUGCAGGGAAGAAAGUUUUGUAAUAAAUUUUUCCAUCUGAAAUGAUUAGCAGGAACUGUUCACCAUAUAUGGCAGUUAGAUGCAUAAGACAAACUCCUAGUUUCUGUUUUAGUGAAUUAUGCUGAUAUGGUGGCUUAAUAAGCUUGCUUGAUCCUCUUGUUUCCCUCAGGGACUGGCAUAUGCUGAUUUUGUGGAUGAUGAACACCUUGCAGCAGCUAUAGCAAAGAACAGAAAGAUGUUUUUUGGUAAGAAGAUCAGCAUAGCACGGUCAAAUCCAAAGAAGGGUAAAAAAGAAUUCACUCGGCGUGGAAAUGUAGAUGGUUCUGGGAAUUCAAAGGACCCUUCCCUGAUUUCUGAGAAGGCGAAAGCACCACUUGGUGGAGAAACUGAGGGUGAAAGGAAAGGAAAUGAAGUGGAAGUGAGGGGUAAGAACACGUUUGCUGUCCCAAGAAAUGUUAAACCACUCGGCUACACGACACCUAAACCCAGCGCAGAUGAGACACCAAAAUCAAAUGAUGAGUUCAGGAAUAUGUUCCUUAAAAAGUGAGACUUUUGCUUGGUCCCUAUCUUCCUUCCCUUAGAUACUUGUCUUGUUCUACUUUUCGGAAGUAAUCUUAUGUUGUAGACCAGCAACAUCGGAUCUGCUACUCUCUUUUGUCAAGAUAACUAGUUGAGCUUCUAUAUAACUAAUAUAUAAAUUUAAGUCUUGCUAGACGACCAUGUUAAUAUGUUUUGAUGUUAUCUUUCAUUUAGUUUGAUGUUAGAACCAUAUAUAUUUUGAGAGCUUUGCCAAG